AUGGUGCCCCUGCUGCUGCUGCUGCUGCUGCUACCCCUGCUGUGGGGGGGGGACCAGGAUCCACGCUACCGGCUGAAGGUGGAGAGGAAGGUGACAGUGCCCCAGGGCCUGUGCGUGUGGGUGCCCUGCUCCUUCUCCUACCCUGGGAAGGGCAGUGCCAAGGCUGCCCAGGUGCAAGGCCACUGGUUCAGCAAUAAGAUCGACGACCCCGUGGCCACCACCGACCCGUCCCAGAGCGUGUACUGGAAUGCCGAGGGCCGCUUCCAGCUGGUGGGCAGCCCCGGGGACGGUGACUGCUCCCUGCUGCUCACGGACGCCUGGACGGAAGACCGAGGGAUGUACUUCUUCCGGGUCGAGGGAGGCCCUGCCCUGCCAUACAGUUUUCAGAACAAUAAGUUCUUUCUGGAUGUGACAGCCCAGACCCAGGAGCCAGCGGUCUACGUCCCCGAGAUCCUGGAGCCCGGGCGCCCGGCCACGGCCGUCUGCGCCUUCCCGUUCUACUCCGAGCGAUGCCCGGCCCCGACCCUCUCCUGGACGGGGGCCGCCUGCCCCCCGCAGAACUUCGGGGUGACCACCACGGCCUACGUCUCCGUGCUCACCUUCACGCCCCGACGGCAGGACCACGGCACCAACCUCACCUGCCGGGCCAGCUUCUCCUCGAAGCACCUGAGCUGCGAGCGCCGAGUCCAGCUGCACGUGGCCUACGCCCCGGAUGUCCCGAUCAUCAGCUUCUCCUGGGACAGCGGGCCAGCCCAGGAGCUCCAGGGGGACAGCCCACACCUGCAAGCCCGGAAGGGCCAGCGCCUGCGGCUGCUCUGUGCUGCGGACGGCAGGCCCCCCGCCGACCUGAGCUGGGCCCUGGGGGACAGUGUCCUCUCCUGGUCUAAUCCCACGGGGCCCGGGGGCCUGGAGCUGGUGCUGCCCUCUGUGCAGCCGGGGGACGCGGGACACUAUGCCUGCCGCGCGGAGAACAGGCUGGGCCUCCGGAGCCGCACCCUGAGCCUCUCUGUGAGCUAUGCCCCGGAGAACCUGACGGUGACCGUCUCCAGAGCAAACGGGACAGUCCUGGAGACCCUCGGGGACGGCGCGUCCCUCCCGGUCCUGGAGGGCCAAAGCCUGCGCCUGCUCUGCGUCGCCCACAGCGACCCCCCUGCCUCGCUGAGCUGGGCCCGCGGGGCACAGGUCCUGCGCCCCUCCCAGCCCGCAGCCCCCGGGGUCCUGGAGCUGCCUGGUGUGCGAGCGGAGCACGAGGGCCAAUUCACUUGCAGCGCUCAGAACGCGCUGGGCACCCUCCGCGCCUCGCUGAUCCUCUCUGUGCAAUGCCCCCCGCAGCUGCUGGGACCCUCCUGCUCCUGGGAGGACCAGGCUCUGCACUGCAACUGCUCCGCAAGGGCACUGCCCGCCCCCUCCCUGCGCUGGCGCCUGGGGGCGGGGAUGCUUGAGGGGAACCAUGGCAACGGUUCCCACGCUGUCACCUCCAGCUCAGCCGGGCCCUGGACCAACAGCUCCCUGAGCCUCCGUGAGGGGCUCAGCUCUGAGCUCAGACUCAGCUGCGAGGCCCGGAAUGUGCACGGGGCUCAGAGCGCCUGGGUCCUGCUGCUGCCAGAAAACAAGGAGCUCAUCGCUAAAGGAUUCUCCAAGGGAGUAGCUCUGGGCACCGGCGUCACCACCCUCCUCUGCCUCUGCCUCUGCCUCUGCCUCAUCCUGGCCAUCGUGAAGACUCUGAGGAAGACCCGGACCCCGGAGGCCCCGGCAGCGGAGACGCCCGCAGAGACCCCCGGGCGGACAGAGACCUGGAGGUCCAGGCUCACCCGGAGGAGCACGAUCCUGGAUUACAUCAACGUGAUCCCCAAGGCGCGCGGCCUGGCUCGGGAUCCAAAGGCCAAGCCCAGCAGCCCUUCCAGGGCCCCUCCUGCAGGUGCUAACUCCCCAAGACGGAAGGCGUCCCCUGUAGCCUCAGAGUCAAGGAACAGCCAACAGGAGAUCCAUUACGCUGCCCUCAUCUUCCCAGGGUCCCAGCCACAGGAGGCCCAGGAGGCCAUGGACACCAACGCGGAAUAUGCCCAGAUCCGGUUCCGCUGA